AUGAUGCCUUAUACCAGGAAAGGCCGCUCGUUGCCGCUCGUGUUCAACACCCGGGAUGAAGCCCUUCAUAAGAAGCUCAAGACUCCUAUUGCACACCUGUACUCCUUGUCACAUAUCCUGACAUUCGAGACGUUUGUCGACCAAGUUCUUGAGAUUUUGUUUCGCCAGUUUGAAGAGCGAUUCGUUCCCGACCAGGCGGCAUUCGAUCUCGGAAUCUGGCUGCAGUACUUUGCAUUUGACGUGAUGGGGACCAUGUCCUUCUCUCGGCGAUAUGGAUUUUUAGAGAAGGGGCGAGACGACACGGGUCUGCUUUCGGCUAUUUGGGCUUUUAUGAAGGCUGCUGCACCGGUCACGCAGAUGCCAUGGGUUGACUUGGUGUGGAAUAAAAACCCCAUUAUCGCUCUAUUUCGGGCCACACCAGCACAACCGAUCUUAAACGUUGUGCUGUCAAGAAUUAACGAACGACGAGAGGAGCUGUCCAAUACUAUGAGUACAUUGGAGAAGGUAAACGAAAAGGAUUUUCUGUCUCGGUUUAUGCACAUCCAGUCGAACGGCGACGCUAUUCCACCCUGGGCUGUGACGGCUUGGUCAUUCUCUAACGUGAUUGCGGGCUCUGACACGACCGCUGUGGCCAUGAAAGCACUCUGGCAUAACUUACUCUUGCAUCCAGCUACUAUGCAUCGCCUGCGUAAGGAACUUGUCCAGGCCCAACAGGAGUCGAAGCUGUCUUAUCCGUUCCCGGCAUGGAGCGAGAUUUCCAGAUUACCGUACCUCAAUGCCUGUGUCAAUGAAGCGCUUCGGAUACAUCCACCAUUCUGCCUGCCUUUCGAACGAGUCGUUCCCACAGAAGGGAUGACUAUCGGCGAUCAUUUCUUGCCCGGUGGGACAGUGAUCGGAAUGAACCCCUGGGUUAUCAACCGCCAUCGGCCAACAUUCGGCGAAGACGCGGACGCCUGGAGACCUGAAAGAUGGCUCGAGAAUCCAGUUCGCACUCGGAAAAUGGAGAACGCUCUUCUAAGCUUCGGUGCUGGGAGGCGAGUAUGCCUUGGCAAAAAUAUUGCACUGUUAGAGCUGAAGAAGCUCACCUCCGCUCUUAUGCUUCAUUACGAGUUGGAGAUCGUAAACCCGGAGAAAUUUCAGUCCCAGAACUUCUUUUUCUUCAAGCAAGAAGGGUUAUAUGCGGCGGUCAAGAGACGGUCUGCAAGUUCGCCAGAGCUAUACCCGGGCGGUGUUCGUCCUCAUUAA